UCCCUAGUUAGAACUUCAAGCUCUCUCGUGUUGUGUCCUAGAAAAAAAACAAAAGUUAAAGCUACCAAAUUUGAAUCUUUCCCUUUUAAUUCGUUUUCCCCAAAUUUCUCCGAUAUCAAAUUCCAGCCGCCGGAGAAUGUCCACCCCCGAUCCCAAUCCCAAUCCCAAUCCCAUUCCCAAUCCCUCCGUCUCUGUACCAGUAUCGCGUCCUAUCGUCACCGCAUCCGUAUCUCCGGUGACACAAACCAACGCAGUCAGAACGCCGUCGUCUCAACCUCCUCCACCACCAGCUCCGUCGUCGUACAGAGCAAUAGCUCCGGUUCAUCGUUAUCCUCAUCCUCAUCAAAAUCACUACACUCAUCCUUUACCGAUCAGGCGUUCGAAUCCCGUUGCUGGCUCGCCUCACCCACACCCAGACCCGUCCAGUCUUAUAUACCCGUUUGGUUCUUCGGGUGGAGGGUAUCCUACCCGACCCGCUAGACCUGUUGCUAAUCCUGUGGGUAGUCCAGGUGGGUAUCGUCCUCGGCCUGUUUAUGCAUACCACCAUGGCCAAUUUGGGUCGAAUUUGGAUCCUAUGGUUCAGCAGUACAUGAGAGCUCCGCUUCCUCAGAAUCAACAACAAUCUCCUCAACUUGGGUCGGGUCAUAUGAAGGGUGUUCCUCAUUUUUUGCAACCUCGGGCCACUCCUUCUCCAACUUCAAUUCUAGACAAUGUUGGGCAUAAAAAGGCCAGAAGCCGGGAUGAUGCUCUGGUACUUGUUAGAAAAAGAAAGGUUAGAAUAUCAGAGGGAGCUUCAUUAUAUUCACUGUGUAGAUCUUGGUUGAGAAAUGGUGCUCAUGAGGGAAUUCAGCCGCAGCGAAGUGAUACAAUGACAUGUUUGCCAAAGCCUUUGCCUGCGGAUACGAUGGAGACAAGUUUGCCCAAAGAUUCAGUUGAAGAACCAAAUAACGAAGAAGACAAAGAGGACGAGGAAUCUGUGAAACAUUUGUCAGAAUCUGAUCUUUUGAAAAGACAUGUAGACCGAGCUAAGAAGGUCCGCGCUCGAUUGAGAGAGGAACGGUCAAAGAGAAUCGCAAGGUACAAGGCAAGGUUGGCUCUUCUUCUGCCACCAUUUGGAGAGCAAUGCAGGAACGAAUAAGGAGAUAAAGUUAGGGACAUCUGUGUGAAUAUUCUUGCAGUUGGUUUAGGAAUGACAUAAGGUUACCUUAGAGCCAGAGGUGUGUUGUGUGUGUAAUGUAAGAAAGAUUAUCUCUGGAUGAGAUUCUCUUCACACUAGUAGAUGAUUCUAAACUGUGAUCAACACUCUCAUAAUUUUCUCAGAUGGUUAUAACUUAAUAUACCGCUAUCAUAUGUUAUUCUUAGCUUCGUGUUC